AUGCCGAUAUUUUCGGAAGAUGAACUAUUAGCGAUGGCCAUUAUUUUGGAUGAAGAAGAAGCAGAACGCGAUGAAGCCAAUAAGGACAAGCGGAUGUAUUUGGCUACAGGCGAUUCUCUAAACACCAUUUCCUUCAGCUAUCGCAUGGGACAUAGUACAGUUUUCAAAAUUGUACGCGAAACCUGCCAGAUAAUCGCAGAAAAUUUGAUGAGCGAGUUGAUGCCAACUCCAACAGAAGAAAUGUGGAAAACAAUCGCUAAUGAUUUUUAUCAAAUGUGGAAUUUCCCUAACUGUAUGGGAGCAAUAGACGGAAAACACGUCAAUAUUCAGGCUCCACCAAACUCAGGAUCAAUGUUCUUUAAUUAUAAGAAGACAUUUUCUAUUGUGCUGCUGGCUCUUGUAGACGCUCACAAUAAUUUUAUUGCCAUUGAUGUAGGGGCAUACGGUAAAAAUAGCGAUGGAGGAAUUUUUGCCAAUUCAGCAUUAGGCAAAGCACUUCAGCGCGGCUCGUUGCAUGUUCCAAAAGAUGCUACCCUUCCAAACACAAAUAUUCAACUGCCAUACGUUAUUGUAGCCGACGAGGCAUUUCCUUUGAAAACAUACAUAAUGAGGCCCUAUCCAGGAGAUAAUUUAGACGACCGAAAACGUAAUUUUAACUAUCGUUUGAGCCGCGCAAGGAGAACAUCAGAAAAUGCUUUUGGCUUUUCCUGA